AAUGGGUCUCUUUUACAAGUUCAAGACUCUUUUUUCCCCCCUCAUAAAAAUUCAAGACUUUUACGAGGUUUUCUCAAAAGAGGUCCUUUGUACAACUUCAAGGCUCCUAUUUUUUUUUUUUUUAACAUGGAGAAUAUAGAAGAAGGAUUGUUAUUGAAAGAAAGAGAAUUAGUAGAAUUGAGAUGGGAAGUAAUUUGGGAGGAAGUGAAGGAAGUUGGCUAUUUGGCUGGUCCAAUGAUAGCUGUGACACUUUCAAUGUAUUUGUUGGAAGUUAUAUCAAUGAUGAUGGUUGGUCAUUUGGGUGAACUUUCUCUCUUAAGUACUGCCCUUGCUCUUUCUCUUGCUGCAGUCACUGGUUUCAGCUUUCUUUUAGGCAUGGCCAGUGCACUAGAAACUCUUUGCGGACAGGUUUUCGGAGCUAAGCAGUACCAAAGACUUGGUACUCAAACAUAUACAACCAUUUUGUCUCUCUUCAUUGUUUGCAUUCCGCUCACGGUCUUAUGGAUAUAUAUGGGAAAAUUGCUUACAUUCAUCGGGCAAGAUCCUCAGAUUUCUCACGAAGCCGGAAAGUUCAUUAAGUGGCUUAUUCCUGCUCUCUUUGCUUAUGCGAAUCUUCAGCCACUUAUUCGGUACUUGGAGAUGCAAAGUAUGAUUGUUCCAUUGCUCAUGAGUUCUGGCAUUACGAUAUGCUUCCACAUACCAUUGUCUUGGGUGCUAGUGUUUUGCACUGGCUUAGGUAAUAUUGGUGUGGCAGUGGCUAUUGGUAUAUCGAUGUGGUUGAAUGUCAUCAUCCUUGCUUCGUACAUGAGGUUGGAUUCCGCUUGUGCGAAAACCUGUGCACCAAUGUCAUGGGAGAUUGUCAGGGGAAUGAGAGAGUUUUUUCGAUUCGCUAUCCCUUCUGCCAUCAUGAUUUGUCUUGAAUGGUGGUCAUUUGAGCUGCUUAUCUUGCUAUCCGGGUUAUUACCGAAUCCCCAACUUGAAACUUCAGUGCUAUCCAUAUGCCUGAACACCAUUUCGACCCUAUAUGCAAUUCCAUUUGGUCUCUCUGGUGCUGUAAGCACUCGAGUUUCUAAUCAAUUAGGAGCUGGAAAUCCUCAAGGGGCUCGUGUAUCCGUGGUUUCUGUAAUGCUCAUUGCAGCCACAGAGACAAUAUUAGUAAGCGCAACUCUAUUUGCCUGUCGAAACAUAUUUGGCUACAUUUUCAGCAACGAGAAGGAAGUCGUGGACUAUGUCGCAAACAUGGCUCCUCUUCUAUGUCUAUCGGUCACAACUGACAGCUUGCAAGGAACCCUUUCAGGUGUCGCGAGGGGAUGUGGCUGGCAGCAUAUUGGAGCCUAUGUCAAUCUUGCUUCAUUUUACCUAUGUGGAAUUCCUAUUGCUGCUUCAUUGGCUUUUUGGCUCAAUUUUCGGGGGAAAGGCUUGUGGAUCGGCAUACUUUCUGGUGCAGCUCUGCAGACUAUUUUACUUUCUGUGGUAACAUGCUGCACAAAUUGGAAAACACAAGCUGCAAUGGCAAGGGAGAGGCUUCAUGCUGAUGAAAAAUUAUCUAUUGAUAACAGGCUGAUUUAAUUAAGAGGCCUAUAGAUGAAUUCCACAAUACUCUGUUGGAAGUCUUGAAGAAGUUACAAAAGGCUGAACUUAAAAGAAAGAAGAGAGAAGUUCCUACGCCACAGUUAUUAAUCAGCUUGAUUACUCUAAAAUGUUUUGGUUUUUUAAAAAUAACUACUAUCCUUGGCUGUACUGAACGAGUUAUUUGAAAUAAGAUGCAACAACUUAGCAUUAA